AUGGCACACGAAGACUCUACUACACCUACUACUUCUACUACGACUACUCCAUCGUCGACAUCAACAUCAUCUAUAGUAGCACAACCACUACCACCAAACUAUAAUCCAAUAUUAUAUCAAAAUAUUGGUAUUGAUAAAGAUGAUGAUGAUAUCAAACACCCAAACUCUUAUAUUUCAACAGAAACACAAACACCAAAAUCACCUCAACAAGAAUCAUCAACAACUAGUACAACAAAUAAUAAUAAUAAUAAGAAUACCACUGUAAAUAAUAAUACAUCAUCAAAAAGAGUUGGAACUUUAACCAUUUUAAGAUCUACACCAUUAAUUAGUGCAAUCUUUGAUCAUCAAUAUGAAAAGGCUGAAGAGAUGAUAGCCACCAAUCCACAUAUGAUCAAUAUUGCUGAACCUAAUCAAGGUUAUACUCCUUUAUUAUUAGCUGUUGAAAACAAAAACAAAGAGAUUGCAUUUAGAAUCUCUAAAUUGUUGAUAGAAGCUGGUGCUAUUAUUAAAGUGAUGACCAAAGGUGGACACACUCCAUUUGGACAAGCUUGUUCAUUUGGUAACCUAAAAAUAGUACAAUAUAUGGCAUCACUAGAUGGUUCACUUAUUACAGAGAUCUUACCAGUACCACCUAUCCUGUUGGCUAGUGAGCAAGGUCAUUUAGAGGUGGUACAAUGGUUGACAGCCAGUGGUGCCUAUAUCUAUGCACAAUUGACAAAGGUCACCAUUAAAAAUAAGGGUGUCAUGGCAUUCCAUCAAGCCGCAUGUAAAGGUCAUCUUCCAGUGGUUCAAUUCUUUGUCGAGCGAUGUGGUAUGUUUAUCGAAGACCGUUCAAACUUGUUGGGUGUGACAGCUCUCUAUGUUGCCAUUGAACAGAAUCAUUUAGAUGUUACAAAAUACCUCAUUGAAAAGGGUGCAAACCCUAAUGUGCCCCGUUCUGAUGGUUACUUUGGUUUGUACAUGGCUGCUCAAAAGGGAUUGACAGAGAUGACAAAGUUAAUACUCGGCUAUGGAGCCAAUCCAAAUCAACUUUCAUUUACCGGCAAUACUUCAUUGGAUAUUGCAAGAACCAAAAAAUUACCAGAGAUUAUUCAAAUAUUGACUCCAAUAACUUCACCAUCCCUUUGUAAAACAUCUCCAUCUGAUGGUGUAUCAACAACAUCAUCUUCAUCUUCAUCUGGUUGUAUAAUUAUGUAA